AGAAUGAAACUUUUGUUGACUAUGCACCGAAGUCUAUUAAACAUAAUUGAGAACAACAAUAAACUUGGUGACAUAAAAAACAAAUUCGAUAACACACCAAUAACCAAGAAAGCAGGUGGUGCCAAAGAAACAGUAUUGUGUGAAUUAUUGCAAAAAUAUUUAUUUUUAGAUAAAAAUACUACUAUUGAAAAUCGAUAUCCAAACAUUUCCCAAGAAUUGAUAGAAUAUUUUAAAGAAUUUCUUAGCAAUAUAAAUAAAUUAAAACAAGGUUUUAAUACGUAUGGCAAUAAUAACAGCAUAAAAACCGAUAUAUCAGGAUACAGAAACACAAUUUCAAAUCCUAAAGUACCAGGGCCUUCGUUUAAGGACCUUAUAUCAGGAAGAAGGAUUUACAAAAGCAAAUCGUCGAAGAUUGAAAGGUAUCCCUUCAUGGCCAGCGUACAUGUAGCCGAUGAGUUUGUAUGCGCCGGCGCGAUUAUCAAAAAGUAUUUCGUAAUCACAGCAGCCUCUUGCUUGCAAAUCCUACUGACUAAUAAACGGGAUGAUAGUAACUCCAUAGACGUGGUGGUGAGAAUCGGCAGCGAUUACACCAUGUACGACGGUGCUGUAGUCGCCAUUACAAAAAUUUUCUUCCAUCCAAAGUAUAAUUCAAGCACUUUGGAAAACAACAUCGCCCUCCUCAGAAUGGAUAAUAAGAUACGAUCGGUGAACAAGAUGAAAAAGGUUUAUAAAGUAUCCUAUGAUAAGCAUAAUAAGACAUUGCCCCAACGUAUUCUGAUGCUGGGUUGGGGAGCGAAGAAUAAAGCAAACGAACCAUUUAGAUUUCAAAGAUUAUCCCACGCAUACCUAGAUUUUUAUGAUUGGAAUCGUUGUAAAGAGCUAUAUUCCAGUGUAUACGUAACUGAAACCAAUUUCUGCGCUGGAUUCACCUCCAAAGGAGGCGGUGCUUGCCUGAAAGACACUGGUGAUCCUGCCAUCAUUGACGGCAUUAUGGUGGGGAUCGUAAGCUACGGACCUGCUACUUGCGGUACCCUCAAUGCACCCACUGUUUUCACCAGAAUCAGUCACUAUUCAGAAUGGAUCGAGAACAGCGUUAAAUUGGAUAUGGUGAAACCAUCUCUCGUGAAACUAGUACUACGACAGCCUCAAAAGACGACAAUUGUGUACCCUCAACCUAUAGCGAUUAGUGCUAAAUUCAAUACUAAUAAGGACAGUUACCACCCCCACAUAAGACCUGUCAAUGAUUACCCUCAAGAAAUAAUUAUACUGAGAGAAAUACUUAAAGAGAUAGCUGUGACUAAUGCUUCAAUCUUAGAAGAGAUCAUUGAUGAAAGUUUUGACAAGGAGAUAUUGAAUUCUAUUGAAGAUAGUACAAAAACAGAUUUGGCACAUCAUCCAUUAAUAAAUAAAAGUAUAGUGCCGGUUCACGGCGUCCAUAUACCAGAGGAAAAGGAUGACCAGGAAAAAUAUCAAACGGUAUCAUUGACGACUUCCGGGAGUUUCACUUAUCCGUGGAUGGGUGCGACUGUGUCGGUUCCUGACGCCUUAUUGGAAUACGACGCAUUUGCAGACGAAUUCUAUCAUUUCAAGACGACGACCGUCACCACUCUUACUGUUCCAACGAUACCUAAAAGAAAGCCAAUUGCAACUUUGUCUACAAAAUACUUCACAGACAUGUUCGAGAGAUUAAGAUCAGAAUCCGAUGACGAUACUUCUGAUAUCGGGAUAAGUAACAAGGAGAGCAAAGAAGGUUUAAGUAUUGAAGAGACAACACCGAUUGCGUAUGAUGAAACUGAUAAACUUACCCGUAUUUUAUCAUCCAGAGAAAGUGAACAUUAUGAAAAUGCAGAUGAGUCCACUAAUGGUACAAAAUUAUACUUCUAUUUUGAUAGUAGUUUAUAG